UCAUAAUUCACCUUUUGGGCGAAGACAUUUUGGAUUUGAAUAUAAUUUAUUUUUUAUUUUUUGUUAAGAAAACGCAAUUGAAAUCUUAUCCAAUUCAGAUAUUUUGCUUCCGUUGCUUUGAUUUUUUCCGAUGGUUGCGAGUGCCAGCCCGUCGUCAGGCGGCCACAGCAACGCCAACGGCAAUAGUAGUGGCGGGAAGAGCAACGGCGGCGGUGGAGAGAAUGGGAACGGAACCGGCGGCGGCGCGGCGGACAAUCUCGUAGCGGGACCCGCACCGGCGGCCCUUCGCCACAAUCCGGGCCUGUCGCUGGAUUGGACGCAGGAGGAGCAGUCUAUACUCGAAGAUUUGCUGGCAAAGUAUGCCUCAGAAUCCACUGUUGUUCGUUAUGCUAAAAUUGCUCAGGCGUUAAGCGAUAAAACUGUCCGGGAUGUUGCAUUACGGUGCAGAUGGAUGAAUGCUGAAUCUUGUACAAAAGAUUCGGCUGAGCAAAGAGCGGAAAGGGGGAGAAUCAAAGAAAGGAAGACAUUGUUUUUUCCUCCAGAAUUAGGAUACACGGUUCUGGAAGGAAAUAUAAAUGCUCACUUGUCGGAAACUAUGGGAACUUUGUCCGGCAAAGGUUCAUUGGUUGAACUUAUGGUCACGGAAAGCUGUGAUGAUUAUGAUUUAUUUGGGGAAGAAUACAAAAAGGACAUAAAGAAGAAGGAGAACGGAAAGAGGAGGAAAGAUGAGAACAAUUCAAGAAAGAAUAAAGACAAGAAGGAAAAAGUUACAGAUUCAUUGCCAAAAUCUUCUCAAGUUGCAAACCGCUCCAACGGCCCUCCCUAUACCCAGUCGACGAUGUCAAUGGACAGUAAUGAUGGAAUCUCAUUUAAAGCUAUUGGUGGAGCUGCUGGACAGCUUCUUGAGCAAAAUGCUCAGGCCUUGGAUCAAAUUUCCACCAAUUUUUCUGCUUGCAAGAUUCAUGAGAACAUCAAUCUUUUCUGUCAAGCUCGGAAUAACAUAGUUUCACUGUUAAACGACUUAAGCGACUUGCCGGAAAUAAUGAAACAAAUGCCACCUCUUCCUGUGAAGCUGAAUGACGAGCUUGCAAACUCCAUUCUUCCUCGUACAUUCAUGCCAAAGAAACCUUAACAUCCAGAUCAUUUGAGCUUUCAUUUAGAGAUUGGUUUGCCCGUUUCAUGAUGAUGGUGAAUUUCUGUAAAGAUGGCACCCUUUUGUUUUUAAUAUAGAUGUGGCAAAAUAAAAUCGGCUAGUCAGCUCAAGUUUACCUUCAAGUGUUCUAUGAAGGUGGUGUUAACCUUUGUUCUUCAUUCAAUUGGAUGCGUCUUAGAAUAUAGUUUCCUUGUAACAUGCAGAUGGAUUUAGAGUAGAAUUCGUUUUUACUGCUGUAAAUAAAUAUAGGGGGUAAAUACUCUGAUGAUCGAGUAGAAGGGCAUUUGUCAUUAGAAAUCGUUCAAAGAUGAGCGCUUCAAGAACUCUGCAUUCUGAACUGCCAUUAAAUUGAUUAGAUGUUCACCUCUUUCAGGUUUGGGGCUCAAUUGAAAUAGGUGAUUGUUGAUAUGUUCACCAAUACAAUGUCAAUAAGUGGUUUGUAGUUGAAAAUAACUGGAGAUGGCG